GAAUGUACUAAUACAUAUGUAGGCUUUGAGCUAAGGUUGGGAAUUUCACAAGGCUGAAUCAUGCUAAAUCAUAACUGAAUCAUAAAAUUUAUCAAAGCGCCACCUUAUUCUUUCUUACACGCCUAUAACCAACAUCAUACGGUUCACUUGAAGCUAUGAGCCAUUUGACAACUCAUCAGUUGGACAGGGGACGGCCUAGGUAAAUCAUGACAAGCUUGCAUCUUGCCCGGCCCCUGGGAAAACUACGGCUUCCACAUUAUGGACGAUAUGUUUCUCUCCAAAGAUGGAUAAGCAAUGAGAGAGCGCUUACGGAUGAGCGCCGCCCAAAACGCCCGCAACCAAACACCUUUUCGAGUGGCUCAGACGGAUCUACAUCUGAAGGGGAAAUCCAACCUGGUGAUCAUAUCAUUGCUUUCUGUAGAAAGUACCAAGUCUCGUUCCCUUCAGUCCUACGACGCGCUCCUGGAGUGAAAUUGAUACCGAAUCCGUUCGGGUUGGGUGUCAUGAUUUCCGAGAAGCAUUGCUUCAACAAGCAAUCGCUGAGAUACCUGGAUAAAUAUGAACACCCUUUUACUAAAUCGGUUCUGGAAAUGUACAUUGCCCAGAAAAAGCAGCCUCUGUGGUAUUCGGUCCAUUCUGUUCCUAUAACCUCGCCUCUUCCGUGCAGAGUAGCAGCAAGGAGAGUACGUCAUGCGUUUCGCGAUGCAUUAGCUGCUCACGGAUAUGACCUGGAGGGCAGAAAAAUCAUGACGGACGAUUCUAUCAUUGCGGAUUUGCAUGGGACAGUAAGCAUCAUUUGCGCAAAUCCAAAGGCUGCUUGCAAUCUGAAAUUCCCAGAACUCUUAAAGCAAGCAAACAAAAUCGUGUCUGCCAUUGAACCUAUGCUCGCACGAGGCAAAGAUGGGAGACGCAUCCAUGUAAUGCAAAACUAUCAACAACCCAAGAAGCAGGACUCAAAGUCGGCGUGGAAAUCGAUGGAUAAUAAGAAAGCUAAAACACAAUACCACAGUCGUGCCAGAUGAUAGCUGCUCUCAACACUCAUAAAUACCUAUAUAAAAAUACAUUACGAGGAACAUAUCAAUAUAUCUUGAUACAUAAA